AAACUGCAUCGUUUAGUUACGGUAGAAGUUGGUGUUGUACCGAUUGGUUCGACGAAGCGCAUGAUAACACAUUCUAGAGCCAAGACUGGUGCCAGAUUCAUCCACUCAGGAUCGCCUGUGAUCCAGUUAACCCACCACGCCGAGCUAGGCGCAUUCAUCAGAAGUGGGGAAGGAGGAGUCCGACACAAGCUUCAACAUAUCUUCAGAUCCAAACUCUCUUUACUUCCCAUCCCAGAUCUCUCCGGAAACUCGCUCGGAUCUCGUAUUUCUUCUUCACAAUAUUCAAAUCGCUGUAUAAUCUUUGCUUAAUUACGCCCCUGCUCCUUGUAUUCAUUCCGAUCUUGUUCACCUCUUUUGGAGCUUUCACCAAGACUCAAUCAUGAAUCCCUUCUCCUCCGGGACGCGUCUCAGGGACAUGAUUCGGGCCAUUCGUGCUUGCAAAACGGCAGCCGAGGAACGAGCCGUAAUUCGAAAAGAGUGUGCUGCUAUUCGAGCUGCCAUUGAUGAGAAUGAUCAUGACUAUAGGCAUCGAAACCUUGCGAAGCUCAUGUUCAUUCACAUGCUUGGUUAUCCCACGCACUUUGGUCAAAUGGAAUGCUUGAAGUUGAUUGCAUCUGCUGGCUUCCCGGAAAAAAGAAUUGGGUAUCUUGGCCUCAUGUUACUUCUAGAUGAAAGACAAGAAGUUCUGAUGUUGGUCACAAACUCAUUAAAACAAGAUCUCAACCACUCAAACCAGUAUAUCGUAGGACUUGCUCUUUGUGCAUUAGGAAAUAUUUGUUCAGCUGAAAUGGCUCGUGAUCUUGCACCAGAAGUUGAAAGACUGUUACAGUUUCGAGAUCCAAACAUUAGGAAGAAAGCAGCAUUGUGUUCAAUUAGGAUUAUAAGGAAAGUACCAGACCUUGCAGAAAACUUUGUUAACCCUGCUGCCUCCUUACUGAAAGAAAAGCACCAUGGGGUUAUGAUAACAGGAAUUCAACUGUGUACAGAGCUUUGCAAACACAGUCCAGAAGCCCUUGAAUAUUUUCGGAAGAAGUCAACGGAGGCCAUAGUCAAGACACUAAAGGAUUUGGUUAACAGUCCAUAUGCCCCUGAGUAUGAUAUUGCUGGAAUAACAGAUCCAUUUCUCCACAUCCGGAUGCUUAAAUUUUUGCGUGUCUUGGGCCAGGGAGAUGUAGAUGCUAGUGACUGCAUGAAUGAUAUACUUGCACAGGUGGCAACGAAAACUGAAUCAAACAAAAAUGCAGGGAAUGCUAUUCUAUAUGAAUGUGUUGAAACUAUUAUGAGUAUAGAAGAUAGUGGUGGCUUACGUGUACUUGCUAUCAAUAUCUUGGGAAGAUUCUUGUCUAAUCGUGAUAACAAUAUCAGAUAUGUAGCAUUGAACAUGCUUAUGAAGGCUAUCACCGUAGAUGGUCAAGCUGUGCAGAGACAUCGGACAACUAUCUUGGAAUGUGUAAAGGAUUCAGAUGCUUCAAUCCGGAAAAGGGCUCUUGAACUUGUUUACCUUCUAGUGAAUGAGAGCAACGUCAAGCCUCUGACCAAAGAGCUUAUUGAAUACCUUGAAGUUGCUGAUCAAGAAUUUAAGGGAGAUCUUACUGCAAAAAUUUGCUCAAUUGUUGCAAAGUACUCCCCAGAGAAAAUAUGGUACAUUGAUCAGAUGCUAAAGGUUCUCUCUGAGGCUGGAAACUUUGUAAAAGAUGAAGUAUGGCAUGCCCUCAUUGUCGUGAUCAGCAAUGCAUCUGACCUCCAUGGGUAUACUGUAAGGGCCUUGUACAGAGCAUUUCAGAUAUCUAGUGAGCAGCAGGAAAGUCUUGUUCGAGUGGCAGUUUGGUGCAUUGGUGAAUAUGGCGACAUGUUGGUCAAUAAUAUUGGAAUGCUUGAUAUAGAGGAUCCCAUAGUUGUAACAGAAUCUGAUGCUGUGGAUGUUGCGGAAACUGCUAUUAAACGCCAUGACUCAGAUCUUACCACCAAAUCAAUGGCCAUGAUUGCUUUGCUGAAGCUCUCUUCUCGUUUACCAUCAUGUUCAGAGAGGAUCAACCAUUUAAUUGUUCAAUAUAAAGGAAGCCUUGUGCUUGAAUUGCAGCAAAGAUCCAUCGAAUUCAAUUCCAUCAUUGCAAGUCAUCAGAAUAUGAGGUCUGUGUUGGUCGAAAGAAUGCCAGUUUUGGAUGAGGCAACGUUCAUUGGGAAAAGGGCUGGUACUAUUCCAGCAUCAGUGUCGACUUCCAAUGGGACUGCAAUUAACCUUCCAAAUGGAGUUUCCAAAUCUGCUGCUCCUCUCGUUGAUUUACUUGACUUAAGUUCAGAUGAUGUUCCUGUGCCUAGCUCUUCUGGUAGCGAUUUUAUUCAGGAUCUUCUUGGGCUUGAUUUGUCCGCAGCUCCAGAGCAAUCUGGAAGCAAUCAGGCUCCAAAAAGUGGAACUGAUGUUCUAUUGGAUCUUUUGUCUAUUGGAACAACACCACCUAUACAUAGUACUGCAUCUGCAACUGACAUAUUUUCCAAUCAAGAAAAAUCACCUAUUUCUCAAUUGGAUGGACUCUCCUCUCUUUCUUCUCUUUCAACAAGCAAGUCUCCUGCUGCUGUAUCUGCUCCUACAAUUGAUUUGUUGGGUGGAUUGGCCCCUAACGUGGCAAGCGCAGAUGAGAAUGGUUCAGUUUAUCCAUCUAUAGUUGCAUAUGAGAGUGGAUCACUGAGAAUAACUUUUGACUUCUCUAAGACAGCUGGGAGCCCACAGACAACGUUGAUCCUUGCCACAUUUAAAAAUUUAUCUCCUAAUAUCUAUUCAAAUUUUAUUUUCCAGGCAGCAGUUCCCAAGUUCCUUCAACUGCAUUUAGAUCCGGCUAGCGGUGGUACUCUGCCUGGAAGUGGUAAUGGGUCUAUCACACAGAAGUUGAGGGUGACUAAUAGCCAACAUGGAAAGAAACAUCUUGUGAUGCGCCUAAGGAUAGCGUACAAGGUGGAUGACAAAGAUAUUUUAGAGGAGGGUCAAGUCAGUAAUUUCCCUCGUAAUUUGUGAUGUUGAACGGUCCAGAAAGUGUAAAAAUGUCUGAAGGGGUUUGAUUUGCAGCGCCAUUGAUGGCUGAUUUUGCUUGCCUGGGGUCUCUAUAAAUCCAAUUGACAUCACUCUGGACCCCCAUCUCUCUUGUUUCUGAAUCUAUUUUCAGAGUGGUUUUGUACAUUAUUUCAAGUUAUUGUACGGGGAUUUUGGUCAUAAAAAUUUUGUCUUGCAUGAAGAGAUGGGGAAGCUCAAGUAUGUUUCAUUAAGGAGAUUGGAAGGUACUUCAUCUUGCCACUUGUUUUGUAGUUUUUACUGUCUAGCGUUGUUAUCUUUUACCAACCACAGUCACCAAGGUAAAUGAACAUAUGCCAAACACUUAAAAGAAGGGAAUUCCAUUCGAUUUGUUUAGUAUUCUUCCUUUCCUUAUCGAAAGAUAAGCUUAUAAUAUUUUAUUGUCCUUUCCUUUCCAUGCUUGCCUUUUGUAAGUUUCUAGGAAAUGUGGAUGGGGACUAUGAAUGUAAUGUAAUUCUCUAAUUCUGGACCCUUUUUUCCCUCUUCUUUCUCCCUAUCAUUCUUUAUGUGUUUCGAAUUAUUAGUUAAUUAAUUUAGAAAUAUCUUUA